CAGUGAUCGCUGGAGGUCCCACCGUAUAAAACAGAGACUUGAAUGGGCUUACACACACCUGUCUCAACCACGACAAUGUCGACAACCAAAGCAACCAUCCGCCCUGGUGUCGUAGGCACCCUCUCCACCCCGGAGAGCCUGGAUAAGCUCCGGGAGCUGCUCAUUCGCGAUGGCAAAGAGCAUCACUGUUUCUCCAACGACCGCGGACUUCAUAACCACCUUUCCCACCACCUUGUCUCGGCGUGCGACAUGGGAGCGACCCCGAAGCAGCUCGAGGAGAUAUUCGAGAAGGAGGCACGGGGAGAGCGUCCCAUUGGGAACAUCGGGGUCCCGUUGGACGAGAUGCGAUGGCAAGCGCGGCUCGGAGAUCGGAAUGCCUAUGGUGCCUACCUCGUGUUCUUCACAGACCAGAUCGCUAAAAAGGGUGUGACCAAGACACUCGAGGACUGGUUGAUGUCUGCGCCAGCUAAUUUCAACGGCGCAUCGAUGUUCUCGCGGUUCUUCGGUGGCGCGAUGCAUCCUCUUCUCCAUGUUGGGUUUGGUGUGGAACUGGGCUUGGACUCACUGGUAGCUCAAGGUCUCGCUAUGUGUGCCACAUCUGAGGGUGAUUUCGUAUCUGUUGUGGGAGACCACUGGUCGCCAGCGAUGCCAAAGAUCCCUGAAGUUCCCACUAAAGGUGUCACACUCUUUUCAAUUCUCCGCCAAGUGUACGACUCGCCCGAUUUGGUGCCUGCGCUGCCAUACGUUCCGAGCGAUGCCAGUGGAGCUGGAUUCUACGAGCUCUGCCACUCUCCCGUGCACACCCAUGCUCUGCGCAGCUUAUACUCCAAGUGGUCCAUCGACACGACAUUGGAGGGCGCCGCGUUCGAUGCCGAGAUCGACAAACGCGUCGAGGAAGCUUACUGGCAGGCGGUGUUGUUCACAGCCGGUCUCGGACGCACCGGUCGUGAGCCCCGGGUCGAUUUCUUCCUGGUCCACACCCUGACCAGCGCCAUCGUCCUACCGCGCCUGCUCGAUGUGCUGCCGCAGAAAGUGCACAAAGUCCAGAUGCUGCAGGGAUAUGCGCGCGCUUCCGCCCUUUGGCUCGUCGCGCGUGGACGGGCGCGGAUCAAUCCUUCGCUCCUCAUGUCGUACUCCAAUGACCCGGCGCCCGCGAGCCUCAAGACCAGCAAUGUGACCGAUCCCUGGACGCCGAUCAUCACCAACGGGCUCCGCUUCUUUGACUCCCACGUCAUCAAGACAAUCCGCGCGUUGUAUUUUGGGCAGAUUCGGUACGGCAAAGUCGCCGCGGGUCAGGUCAUCGGUACGUUUGACAAAAGCGGCAAGGAGACUCAUACCGGCCUUGCGGAGCUCGACGGUACGGCGUGGAUCCGGGCGGCGGGUAUCCUCCACUUAGCCCUCGGGUGGUCGUCGUUCGAUAACGCGGCUGUCAUGUGGGAUCGCAGUGGGCUAGGUUGGGAUGCAGCAUGGGAACUUGAAUAAGUGCUGGCCGAAAUCUUCGACGGUGGCCUCAGUGCUAUAAGAAUGUAAUUGAACAAAUACGUCUGAAAUGAUAUACAAGAACCCUUUUCCACAGUCCGAAUCUUCAUAUGUCAAU